AUGUCUUUUCGUGGAAGAGGAGGUGGAGGAGGAAGAGGAGGCGGCUUCAAUCGUGGAGGCGGUGGCGGCGACAGAGGUGGCUUUAAUCGAGGUGGACGAGGUGGCUUUGGACGGGGAGGUGGACGAGGAGGCUUCAACAGAGGCGGAUAUGACCAGGGGCCUCCAGAAAGGGUAGUUUUAUUGGGAGAGUUCAUGCAUCCCUGUGAAGAUGACAUUGUUUGUAAAUGUAAAACAGAAGAAAACAAAGUGCCUUACUUCAACGCCCCAGUGUAUUUGGAUAAUAAGGAACAGAUUGGCAAAGUGGAUGAAAUCUUUGGGCAGCUGAGAGACUUUUAUUUUUCUGUGAAACUAUCUGAGAACAUGAAAGCCUCUUCAUUUAAAAAAAUGCAAAAGUUUUACAUUGAUCCAGCAAAGCUGCUUCCCCUUCAGAGGUUUUUGCCGAGGCCUCCUGGAGAAAAAGGUCCUCCUAGAGGAGGUGGUAGAGGAGGACGUGGUGGUGGACGUGGAGGAGGAAGAGGCGGUGGUAGAGGAGGAUUUGGAGGAGGAAGAGGUGGAGGAAGAGGAGGAGGAUUCAGAGGAGGAAGAGGUGGAGGAGGAGGAGGAUUCAGAGGAGGAAGAGGUGGUGGAGGCAGCUUUCGGGUAACAGGCAAAUGA